AGUAAUUAGAACGUUGAAAUAGCAAUGGCUCUGUGUCCCAAAUCUGUUUUGAUCACAGGUGCUAACAGAGGAAUUGGUCUGGAAUUCGUCAAACAGUUCCUGAAGUUAGAUGUGCCACCAAAGUUUAUAUUUGCCUGCUGCAGACAACCUGACAGUGCUGAGGAUUUAAAGAGCAUUGCAUCAGGAAGUUCAGUGGUGCAUAUUGUUAAACUUGAUGUGCAAGACCAGUCGACAAUUGAUACCGCAAAGACUUAUGUGGAAUCCAAACUGGAGGGACAGGGUUUGAAUCUCCUGAUUAACAAUGCGGCUGUGCUGCAUCUGAAAGGGUUCUAUGAUGUCACCAAGCAGGAAAUGAUGGACCACUUUGAGACAAAUGCAGUUGGACCUCUUAUAGUAUCACAGACCUUCAUCUCACUCCUGAAGCAAGCUGCCGGUGUGAACCCUACUGCACCUAUGUCUUGUAGCCGUGCCGCCAUCAUCAACAUGUCCACUGGGGUUGCAUCCAUCUCGGAAAACUCUUCUGGGGGCAUCUACCCAUAUAGAGCAUCCAAGGCUGCUCUCAAUAUGCUCACUUCCAACAUGGCAAUUGACCUCAAAGGGGAUGGCAUAUUGGUUACUGCAGUUCACCCUGGUUGGGUGAAAACCAAUAUGGGCGGGCCCAACGCUUUGAUUGACACAGAAACAAGCUUGAAGGGAAUCAUGUCUGUGUUUGCAAAGCUCCAGGGUGAGGAAGGCACUGGGAAGUUUUACCAUGGUGUUAAGGGCGAGUUGAUUGGCUGGUAGAGACUGAGAAGGAUUCUUACUGGCUGAUAGAUGAGUUAUGUCAUCUAAAAAACGUGAUGUCAUUGAAGUAUUUGAUAUUAAAAAUGCACUUUUUUACCAAAACAAUCAUUUAGUGUAAGCCAUUUACCCAUGUUAUUGUUAGUUUAAACUCACAUUUACUUUUUGUGGUUUGUUUUUGAGGUGCAUUAUGCCAUUAUAUAUAUCAACAUUAAUGGAGCUUUUACAUGUGAUUGAUUUACAUAUCAUUUAUUUUUAUAUGGAAUUUAUAUACUUUAUAUAAUAUGAUGCCAUGAUCUACUUAAGCAUAUGCUUUUACAAACUUUAAUAUGUGUUGUGAUUUUGCAGAGCUGUAUUUCAAUUUUCUGUACCUAAAACAUGGAAGUAUUCAGAAAUAAGAGCUUUACCAGUGUUAACUGUAUUAAGCAGUUUUACAACUCUGCAUGUGAAAGAUUUGCUACUGUUUAAAUCAUAAUCAAUUCUAAGAUGUGGAUGUCAUGUUCAUAUUUGGGAGUUGAGGUCUAAUUAACUGUAUUGCUAGUGUUAACUGUAGUUGUCAGUUUUAAAACUGCAUUUGGAAAAUAUGUUAGAAAGCUACUGUUAAAUUAAUUAGAAAUACUCAAAUGUGAAUAUCAUGCACAUUUUUGGUAGUGCAAGUUUUGUUAACUGGCCAUUUUGAUGCAUUUUCAUGUAAUGUUUACUUCUGUCAGUGGUGAUUUGAUUUAGCUUUGGUUUCCAUUUUUUGUCCAAUAUUAUAAAAUGUACAGUUUUAGAGAGCAGGAAGUGUUGAACGAAAAACUUUAAAAAAGGAUCUCAUACUUUCUGAUGAUAGACAAUCUCAAUUUCUGAAGUAUUUUGAAAUUUAUGAUAAUUUAUGUUAAGAUAGUUGAUGCGGGUAUAUCAUAUUACCGACAAGACAUAAUUUUGGAUAAAAUAAAGGUUUAAAUUAA